AUGGAAGGCCCUUUGCAAACGUCCAUGCAUCUGUGCCACGAAAAUGGUCAGUGGAUGUCACAAUUACCACAAAAUCUCUGGGAUAUUCCUCUCUAUAACUUAUCUCUUCCAGGGAGUCAUGACACUAUGACUUACUGCUUGGAUAAAAACUCUACUGUUAGUGACAAUGAAUCAAAGCUGGUGAAUUUUUUAAAUAAAUGUAUGCCCUGCAUUGUGCAUCCUAUUAUUAUGAAGUGGUCCACAACACAGGAACUGAGUGUGACAGAGCAACUCGAGGCCGGAGUUAGGUACUUGGAUUUUAGAAUUGCCCACAAGGCUAAUGAUCUGUCUUCGGAUUUGUACUUCGUGCAUAUGCUUUACACAACUGUUACGGUUCAGGAUAUUCUGUGUGAAGUCUUAAAGUGGUUGGAAACUCAUCCUCAGGAAGUUGUUAUCUUAGCCUGCAGGAAUUUUGAUGGAUUAACCAAGAAGCUUCACUGUCAUCUCAUUGCCUGUAUAAAAGAGAUUUUCCAGUGCAAACUGUGUCCCAGAAAUGUGGUGCCGACACUACGGACCAUGUGGCAGUGUGGCUAUCAGGUGAUAGUCUCGUACGAAGAGGAGACCCUCGUGAAGGAGCACUGUGAACUGUGGCCUGCAAUUCCGUACUGGUGGGGAAACAAAACUGCCACUCGUGCGCUUAUCCAGUAUUUAGAACGUAUGAAGCAGAUAGGCCGUCCAGAAAGAUUCUUUGUAGCAGGGAUUAAUCUUACUGAAAAUUUAGCAUAUAUUCUUGCACACCCAUUUGGAUCAUUGAAGAAAAUGACACUCCAGAAUCUUCCAUACCUGAAAAUCUGGGUAAAGCAACAGUAUCCAGGACCAAAAAAAGAAUGUAUUAACAUCAUUGCUGGAGACUUCAUAGGAAAUGAUGAUUUUGUGAAAGAUGUGAUAAAACUUAACACAAAAAUUAAUCCUCCAUUAUAUUGUCACAGCAAAGGGGCUGGAGGAAAUACUGUUUCAUUCUGUCUUCACCUUUGA